CUGCAGAGAAGGAGGGAGCGCCUUGCCUGUUGACAGCCCUCUGGGGUGGGCUUUUCUCUUUUUUGGGGGUGGGUGGGAGCGCGCAGGCGAGAGAGGAGCGCACCAUGCAGAGAAAGGCCGGCAGGCGGACGGGAUAAAUCGUGCGUCCGCCCAAGGAGCAGCGGGCAACGGUGCAGCAGCUGGCAUCGGGAAGACUGACUCUUGAAUGAUUGACAGGCAACCUUCAAAGGACCCUGUUUAGAAAGAGCCAUGUCGGUGCCGUUCCGGAAAGAGUUGGAGAAAUACAAGAACAUCAACGAAGAUGAAAUUCUCAACAAACUCUCUGAGGAUGAGCUAAAGCAGCUGGAAAGUGUUCUUGAUGAUCUGGAUCCAGAGAAUGCGCUUCUGCCGGCAGGCUUUCGCCAGAAGGAUCAGACCAGUAAACCUGCCACAGGACCUUUUGACAGAGAGCGGUUAUUGUCCUACUUGGAGAAACAAGCUUUGGAGCACCAAGACAGAGAGGACGUUGUGCCCUUUACCGGAGAAAAGAAAGGAAAAGCAUUUAUCCCUAAAGAAAGACCAAUAGAAACCCGCACAGAGGAGAAAGUAACUCUGGAUCCAGAAUUAGAAGAAGCCCUGGCCAGUGCCUCUGACACCGAGCUGUACGAUCUAGCAGCUGUCCUAGGAGUACACAACCUGGUCAACAACCCGAAGUUUGAUGAAGGAACCACCACUAAAGAUGGCAAAGAAACCGUGAAAAAUGUAGUCAAAGGUGAGAAGGUCAAGCCAGUUUUCGAGGAACCGCCUAACCCAACAAAUGUUGAAGCCUCUUUGCAAAGGAUAAAGGCAAAUGAUCCCACGCUCCUGGAAGUCAAUCUGAACAACAUAAAGAAUAUCCCCAUUCCAACUUUGAAAGACUUUGCAAAAGCUUUGGAAACCAACACCCACGUGAUGAAAUUCAGCCUGGCUGCUACUCGGAGCAACGACCCUGUUGCAAUCGCUUUUGCAGAUACAUUAAAAGUGAACAAGACGCUGAAAAGUCUAAAUAUAGAAUCCAAUUUCAUCACAGGGACAGGCAUCCUUGCCUUGGUUGAGGCCCUGAAAGGGAAUGAAACAUUGACGGAGAUAAAAAUUGAUAAUCAGAGACAACAGCUCGGCACAGCGGUAGAGAUGGAGAUUGCUCAGAUGUUGGAGGAGAAUUCACAGAUCCUCAAAUUUGGGUACCAGUUUACAAAGCAAGGCCCAAGAACCAGGGUCGCAGCAGCCAUCACUAAAAAUAACGACCUAGUUCGCAAGAAGCGUGUGGAAGGAGAACGUCACUAGUCUUGCCAGGAGGUGAACAAGCUAGACGUCAAAGAGAGCUGUUCUAUCACCCAUCUCAGAGAAUUCACUGGUCUUAAGGGAAGACACUGGAAAGUCUUUAGAAUGAAGCUGCUCGUGUUCCAUUAUCAACUCCCCCUCCCCACAAACCUUUUUUU